AUGAUGACUGAAGACGAAAAAAAUGUAUUGGUUGGUACCCAACUGCCGUCAAUAUUCGAACUGAUCGCACAAGACAGUCUAGCAAUUUCUAUUCGACAAGCUGUUCAUCAUAUUGUGAAGUACUUAUAUGAGUGCAAUCCUUCGCGAUACGGACUGUUGUGGAAAUGGUACGACGAAAUAUAUGCAGCUGCCGAUUUGGUUCUUGAAAGUUUCUACUUAAAAAAAUAUGGAGGUUCGCUUGCCGAAAAUUUUUAUGGAAUGAAACGGAUAGUUAAUGGCACGUGCAGAUCAGCCUCGAGAGGAUUUCCAAAAUUACGUUCUUUGUUCAUGCUUGUUGGAUGGCCAUACAUCAUGAAAAAAUUAGAAAAGUUUCAUUUAUUGUUGUCAACAUAUACGAUCAGAAGUUUUUCAGAGCAACUUUCAUUUGUUCAUAUUCUCAUCAAGUUCUACUCAUGGAUUAAAAUAUUAUUCUCUACCUUUGCUUUCCUUCUUAAAAUUGCUUAUAUUUUAUCGUUAUGUAAUGUACAUUCCCCGGAGCUAAAAUUUGCAAACGUAUAUUUGGUGAAAUUCACUCAAACGGCUUUCGGCGAAGCAAACCAAAAGAGUUCUUGGCGGGUAUUAAUUAUUUUAGCUAAUAUUCUUACCCGAUGCAUAACUUAUGGUCUUUAUUUCAUCCAGUUUCUGGAUUUUUAUUAUAAUAGCGAUACUGGAGAGAAUUUUCGUAUGGAGCAAAGAAUACGAAACUGGAGAUAUCCAUCAGCACCUCAUAAAAAAUUACGAGAAAGUUCUGUAUUACUUCUGGAAACGAACAAAUGCCCUUUGUGCUUGCGACAGCGUACCAAUGAUACCGUGCUUGCUGUUUCCGGUUAUGUUUUCUGCUAUGGUUGCAUAUAUUCGUAUGUGGAACAAGAGAAGAAAUGUCCAGUUACGGGUUUAUCAGCGAAUGUGGAUGAUUUGAUUAAAAUUUUUGUCCCUCCUUUAGUGUAA